UAUAGUUAUUUAUAUUCGUUACAAAGUAUUCCUACAAACGUAAAUCUGUUUCAUUGUGCGAUACUAAAUGUAUAGUUUCAUAGAAUUACAUACAUAGAAAAAUGUUAACAUUUAGUGGGUUCACCGGCACUAUUUUGCCGAUAAUAGCAAUUGGUUUCGUAGCGAUUAUUGCAUUAGUUAAUUUGUUUCUUAGUUUGAGAAAACGAUUCCCUGUGCGGGUCAACUGCUGGUUUUGCAAUCAAGAUAGCAGGGUUCCCUACGACAACAGUAAUUCUUGGGUUUGUCCUAAAUGCACUCAGUACAAUGGAUUCAAUGAAGACGGUGACUACAAUCGGGAAAUCCCGGAACAAUAUCAGUGCCGAUUGAAUCCUCGCUCCAACAUUACCGACGACGACAAGAUCAGUUACUCUGCUCCAUCCAAUGGAUUAUGUUUUGGAUGUAAUCGCAAUCAGGAGCUUAAAAUCUACCAACUUGCGUCGUUUGUUCCUGAGAUGGAGGAAAACUAUGAUGCUGAGGUGGAAGAAUACCAACUUCAAUUGGAACAAACUUACAAACUUUGCUCACGAUGCGACCGGGUCCUUAACCGAACACUGAAUGAGGUUAAGCGUAAUAUUCUUGGUUCAAAAUUGGCUCAAAUCGGUAUCAAAGGCCUUAAGGUGUUUGAUUUGCAUAUGGCGGCCAGUGACAAGAAGAUGGCAAUUCGGAAGCAACAGACGGUUGCUAAUGUUUGCUUGUGGAUGAUUAUCGCACUGCUGACAAUUAAACUCGGUCAGCAUCUGGCGGAAGUUGAAAUAAACAAGGAUCGCCUCGAGAUAAUAUUUAGUUCGGCAGUCUCUCAAACUGUGCUUAUUGCAGUUUCUUACUUUGUGGCGUUUAAAGAUACGUUGGUGUCCUUGUGGGAAGGCAUUUGGGGUCAGCCAACUAUUGCCAAUUGGAUUGAACAGUUUAGUUAUUUGAAGAAACUGUUUAUUGCUCGAUGGAUGGCUGGAAACACUACCGUUGCGGACAACAUAUGUGAGGCGUUGAACAAUACUCCCGAAACGAUGGCAGUUGCCACACAGUCCAAUGUUCUUUCGGAUCUAGCACUCAUCGCAUUGGCUUGCAUGUUGCUAGGGGCAAAGUCGUACAUCGGUUCGACAAAACCGGUAGUUUUGAUACUAUGCGGAUUAAUGAAACUAUUUCUACGAACAGAUCCAUGUUCACAAUUCUUGGAGCAAGGAGUUUCGUGCGAAUUGAUUGAGGUUUUUCUAUCAACGGUAGCUUUUGCAACGGCUAUAGGAUGCAUUGGUCAAACGGCCCCAAAAAUACAGCCAUCCGAUAACCUGAACUCUAGUUUCCACAAAAUCUAUUCUCAGGAGACCGCUGAAUGCGAUAACUCGGAUUCUUCGGAACAUCUGCAGCAUCAACUUCGAACUUCCGUCAAAACUGAUGUCAGCAAUAGAUCUUUAGACUCGACUAAAUCUAUCAGUCCUUCCGUUCUGACAUCUUCUAUCACGCGACCAUUGUUCGAUGAUUCGUGUGCUACACAGGCAACUCCCAAAUCCUCUUUUGGUGGACCAAUGCUGGAUGUUAAUCGCCUGAACACCACUUUACAACAGCAUUCACCGAAGCGUACAUUCAGCAGGCAGAGUUUCUUUGUACCGGAAAGUUCUCUACUGAAGACACCUUCGUUUUCAGUAGACAAUUUCACAACUGCUAUGGGAAGUCGACCGGAAUCUAAUAUGAAUAAUGCUUCCCAGAAAUUUCAUGGCUACUAUUCUAUGAGUGCACUCAACACCGCAACCUUGCAGGAGGACCGCUUUGGAGAGGAUAUUGACCGUCUUAGCAUCAGUGGAAGACUUUCCGUUUCCCGAAGGGAUCUCUCCGUGAUCAACAACCCGUUCACUACGCACCAUGUCGAUCCGGACGAAGGUUUCUCGUUGCGUCAUCGUAAAGUUACGGUAUCCCCUCCGAAACUAUGCGCAAUCGCGGAAUCUGGAAACAGCUGGAUAGCCGGUGGUUACUGGGGAAUGGCUCCGCAAAAUAAUCGCGAUGCUGCAAAUCCUCCCGGUUUCGUCCAGCAACCACUGUUCAUGUCGCGAACUUCCUCACAAAGUUCCGGAUUCGAAUCUCAGCCAACGCGACGCCCAACGCCGGAAGAACCACCGCCAUUAGAACUUGAUCGUGUGUCCCUAUUUUCCGAACCGGUUGCCAUUUCCAACGCUUCAGUUCCGAACGCUUUUCAUCAUCGCCUGAAUCAGUCGGUCAACUUCCCUGCGGUACGACCUCAUCCAUCGCCGGUUCCAUCGUUUAUUUCAUUCGCCGGCAGCAGCAGCAAAAUCAAUAGCGGCUUUAGCAAUCGUAAUCUAUUUGGCGAACGUAACCUCUUUCAGACUAAUCCGCCAUCAGCGAUGAGGACCGCAAUGCCCUUUCCGCUGCAUCAGUCACAGACGCCACCUGUUUUUCGUGGCGGAGGUCUCGCUUCAACAGCAUCUAGUUUUGUUCCGAUUUCUCAGUCACCCGCACCGGGUGGUGAAAGACCAUCCAACAGUCAUAGGCGUAGUUUGCUUAAUUUAAGCAAGCUAGGCGAAUUACCGGAAACAACCCAUAAUCAUGAUUCCCAGGAAGAUUGUUAAGUUGCAUUAAAUGGUGUCUAUUUAAAUUGUUUCUAGCCUUAGGUUACUAAAAUAAUUUUAUAUUUCUUUCAAUUCAGUUAAGCGUAUUCUGUAAUGUUUCAUGUUUGUGUGAUAUAUUUUGACUGAUAAAAAAAAUGAAAGUAGGCAACUUUAGCUUUCGAAGAAAGAUUUUACAGCCCACUGCUUCGUAACGUUACGAUAAGUUUGUUAACCUCAUGUAUAAAAACAAGGUGAUUCCGUAGUCAGAGGAUAAUAAAAACAAGUAACAAACACUGCCCGAAUCGGAAGCAUUUUUAGGAAUACGAAAUAAAAUAAUCAUUGUAAGGAAAUAGUGGAUGAUGUU